AUGGCCGUCAAAAUCGACAUUUCCACCUACCCUGGUAACAUCGUCAAUGGCGAGUUCGUCGCCACCCCAGAGACCCGGCACUCGAUCGAUCCGUCCACGGAGCAGGCUCUGUACGAGGUCCCUGUCGCUACCGAGGAGCAGCUAGAUCUCGCAGUCAAGCAUGCUCGUGCCGCAUUUAGCAAGUGGUCUAAGACCACCCACGAGGAGCGAAGCAAGCUGAUGCUCGCUUUCGCCGAUGCCGUUGAGGCGAACCGCCAUGAGCUUGAGAAGCUGCAGUCUAUGGAGCAAGGCAAGCCUUUGGGCUUGGCCGGACAGGAGAUGGACAUGACUUUGACUUGGCUACGAACCUUUGCUACCAUGGAGGUCAAGGAUGAGAUUAUUGAGGACACAGAGGAGAGAAGAAUUACCUCGACCUUUCCCCCACUGGGCGUUUGUGGCGCCAUCGUCCCUUGGAACUGGCCCAUGCUCCUGGGAAUGGGCAAGGUCGGCCCGGCGAUCAUGACCGGCAAUGCCGUCAUCAUGAAGCCCUCCCCAUUCACGCCAUACUGCGAUCUCAAAUUUGGAGAGAUUGGAAUGUCAAUCUUCCCUCCAGGUGUAUUCCAGGUCCUCAGCGGCGACGACAACCUGGGUCCUUGGAUGACGGCACACCCUGGCAUCGACAUGAUCAGUUUCACAGGAUCAAUUGCCACCGGUAAGAAGAUUGCUGCCAGCUGCUCCAAGACAUUGAAGCGAGUCGUUCUGGAGUUGGGCGGAAACGAUGCUGCGAUUGUCUGCGAGGACGUUGAUAUCGAAAAGUGUCUCCCCAAAAUUACGAUGCUGUCAUUCUUGAACUCGGGUCAGAUUUGCAUGUUGACCAAGCGGGUCUACGUGCACGAGAAGAUUUAUGACCAGUUCAGAGAUGCCAUGGUUGAAUUUACAAAGAAUCACGUCAAGACCGGCGGUGCCUUCGAGGAGGGCGUCGUUGUCGGGCCAGUGCAAAACAGCAUGCAAUAUGAGCUUGUCAAGAACAUGUACUCAGAGAUUGAGAAACAAGGAUGGAACGUCGCUCUUGAAGGCAAGAUCCGGGAGACAUCCAAGGGCUACCUCAUCGAACCCGCCAUCAUCGACAACCCUCCCGAAGACUCACGCAUCGUCGUCGAAGAGCCCUUCGGCCCCAUCGUCCCGCUCCUCAAGUGGUCCGACGAGCAAGACGUCAUCGACCGCGCCAACGCCCUCGAGACGGGUCUCGGCGCCUCAGUCUGGAGCAAGGAUCUGGACCGGGCCGAGAGAAUGGGUCGCCAGCUGAGCGCGGGAAGCGUGUGGAUCAACUCUCACUUUGAUGUCGCGCCCAACGUGCCGUUCGGUGGACACAAGGAGAGUGGCAUUGGCAUGGAGUGGGGCAUUGAGGGAUUCAAGCAUUAUACCAAUAGCAGGAGUCUUUGGGUGUGGAAGAAGAUUUUUGUUUGA